AUGGGGGCGUGGGAUCACAGCGCAGUGGAGGGGCCUGCCAUCAGCUGUGCAGCGGUCAAAUGUCUACACGCGCACCCCCGGGGCUGGGGAUGGACCGAGGGAUCCGGGAAAGUCCAGGCAGGCUUUGCAAAAGCUGAGUGCCUGCCUCGCGGGCUUCCGCUACCCGCCACAGGAAGAGGUCCAGGGCCCCGCUGCGCCCGCCCCAGACCACGAACGUGUGUGAGACUCCGCCGCCUUCAACCUCUGAGGUCUUCAGGACGGAGGCCAACACUCCUGGGAAAUGGAGUCCGGGCGCCGAGGAGGCUUCUGGGAAUCAAAGACCAAGGCUGGCGCAUCUUCUGCGCAGACUCCAAAGAGUCCCGGGACGGAAACGCGGCCCGGUGGCGCGGUACCGUCUUCCACCGGAAGUGUCCGAUUGGAAUUAACCUCGUGGGAGAGGUUCUAGUCCCUGAAUGUGGGCAAGAAAUAUUCAGAAGAAAGGUGGUGGCUCCUGAACCAGCGCUUACUGUCCAGGUCCAGCCAGUGGAGACCAGGGACCCGCGUGGUUCUUCAGAGCCCUGUCUUGGGUUGGCCUGCAAUAAUGUGGGUGAAAACAGUGGGUCUGUGCCAAAUCUGGACGUUCAUGAGAUGGAACCACAGAGAAUUAUCUCAGAAAGACAUUCAGGAUUCAUACCAGAGGAGCCUGCUGAGCCCGAAGACAUCUCUGAGUGUGUAGGCCGGAUGAAGAGGCAGCAGGAAAACGAGCCUGAGGAGUCUCAGAGACCAUCAUCUGCUUAGGAUGGAGGUGUUGGCGAAAUCUUCACCCACAAAAAUGUACUUUUGGGUGAAAUGAGAAGCCAGGAUGGGUGUUCCCAAAGCAUAAACCUGAACUCAAGUGAAUUUACACAUCAGAAACCUUGUAAACACAGCACCUGUGACCACAGUCUCAAGUAGAAUUCAGGUUUUAUUAAGCAUCAAAGAAUUUAUGCUGGAGAAAUUUCCCAACAUGGAAAAUCUCUCAAGCACCCGCACCUCAUCAAACAAGCAGCAGUUUUCAGUGGAGAGAAAACCCAUCGGUGUAGUGAGUGUGAGAAGGCCUUCAGACACGACUCCAAGCUCACCAGACACCAGAGUCUCCACACUGGAGAGAGACCCUAUGAGUAUAGUAAGUGUGGAAAAGGCUUUGGAGGGAGCUUAGAUCUCCUUAGACACCACAAAGAAUGUGGGAGAGCUUUCAGCCUGAACUCACACCUCAUCCUGCAACAGAGAAUCCACACCAUAGAGAAGCCCUACGAGUGCAGUGAGUAUGGGAGGGCUUUCAGUCAGAGCUCACACCUCAAUCAGCAUCAGAGAAUUCACAAGAGGGCGAGGCUGUUAAUGUGAGGGGCUUCAAUUCAUACAGAACACUGAGGAAAGAGCAAAGUGUGGGAAACACUGAGUACAGAAUAAAGACUGGGCGGGAUGAGAUGGCUCUUUUCUCCCUCUGGUUCUCUGGGGUGCUGUCCUGCAUGUGGUCUUGACCUCUGUGUGCUCCCUGUGGGGCCGGGGCCGUGUCUCUGCUUCCACUGACCCCAGAGUCGAACCCAAGCGCAGCAUUGGGGGAGGCUAAUAAGUAGGUCAGUCUAGCAGGGGAGAGAGGGAAGAUAAGGACCUUCUUGCAAAAUGAGGGCCCACAGUGUGUGGGGGCAGGGGGGCAUUAUAGGGCUUCUUGACAGCUACAGGUUCUCUAGCUUCUGACAAGUGUGGAAGGAAUUGGCACUAAAAAUAAAGGGCUUGACACUUUAUGCCAGCACAGAAAUGCAUGUAUUCAAAAUGCCUUGCACAUGUUGCCUUUAUCCUAUAAUAUCUUUGGUAAAUACUAGAGCAGUUACUGUCAUUGUAUUGGAGAAAAUUGUGGAUAUAAAGGAGUUCAAUAACUCGUCAGCAGGUACAAGGUUAUGAGGUGAAAAGCAAGAUUUGCCAAAGCUACAGCUAGUCAUCUGGAAACAGGGUUAAACCUUUACCAGUAGGUGUCUGGCAGCUGCAGAGUGUUCGGCUACAAGAGGCAGUUCUAAAGGAUCAUCUCCAUAAUGGGGUUUAACAUUGGAAAAGUUUCCAUGUCACGAGGAAAAGACCUGGAAGCUUUUCUCAUGUUCCUUCCUACAGCAAUUCCUAGUCGCAUUACCUCAGUGUAGAGCCAUGUGGGCAGCCUGGUGCCUGCACUGAGCUGAACCACACUCAUCACCCACAUGGAGUUUCUCUCCCCUGGAUUCUCAUGCUGGACAAGGCCAGAGCUUCCAUUAGAAGCUUUCUCAUGUUCUUCACUCCAGCUGGGAUUUUUAAGUGAGCAACAACGUGAGGUCUCACACUUACUACAGUGUACAAGUCUCCACAGAUGGGUUCUCCCAUCUCCAGAAGGGUGGGUGCUGAAUAAAGACUUUCCCGCACUCA